AUGAGCACUCUGACCGACCGUGUUGCCCUGUUAGAAUCUAUGCUCAAGGAGAAAGGCGCUGAACUACCGCCGGUAGUAUACCCUCCCAAGACCACGAGAGGUAGCCUAUACGCAGACGGAGACGAUUGGCCUGCGGGACAAGCAGCGCAACAGCAGCAGUCUCAAUUUCAACAACCGGAGCAGGCAAAGCGAUCUCCAAGAAAUCAAUCAGCAAUCACAGAAGGUCUCACUCCUCCAAGUGCUCGUGACGAAAGUGUCGAGCAAUCCGAAUUUGGCUCCUCAGCCAGCGUCACAAGCCAGAGAGACCAAAGCGAGCAGAACAACAAUAUUGGGACUCCAAUCGACGAUAAGAAAGAUGGCUUGGUCAGUCGCUUACUCUCAACUCGGGGACACUUGUCUUUCGAUCAGCUCUCGGGAAGGCUUCGAUUCUACGGAGGAACGGUGAACUGCCACGUCUAUUCUGAGUUGGAAGUUGACGACGGCAAGAGCAGACGCGAAAGUCAUGAACAAGCCAGACGAGCGGAGAAAUGCGUCAGAACUCUGCCAUUGGAGACCCACGACUAUCUCAUGGAUCGCUUCUGGCAACACUACAACAGCGUGUUGCACGUUGUCCACGAAGAAGCGUUCAAUGAAGACCGUGAGAAUGGUAGGGCACAGUCUUACUCGGGCUUCUUGCAUGUCUGUAUCUUAGCUAUGGGGUAUCGAUUCGCUGACAAGAGUCGACCCGACAUGCAACGCAUUGGUCUGCCAGAUCGAGAAAGCACGAUUCAUCGAGAGGCAAGAUACAUGUUAGACUUGGAGUUAGAAAGACCAGGCGGAAUUCCAUCGAUAGCUGCUCUACUCAUUCUCGGAGACUCUGAAGUCGGCGUUGGACGAGACAAUGUUGGCUGGAUGUACUCCGGUAUGGCAAUUCGACUCUGCUAUGACCUUGGACUCCAGCUGGACAGCAGACAGGCAGGACUUUCACAACGAGAGCUCGACAUCCGCAAGAUGACCCUCUGGGCUUGUGUCAUAUAUGAUCGCUAUUGGAGCCUGUUUCUGGGUCGCCCACUCACGAUGAAGAGUGUCGACCUGGAGAUAUAUUCAUUGUCUGACCAAUUUGAACGAUUGGGGACGUGUAUGCCAGCUGGGGCGGCAGCGAGUCUCAAUACGAGAAUAUACGAAGCGUUACUGGAGCUAAUGGAGAUUGCUGGCAAGAUCGUGGAGCAUGCCGAGUUUCGCAAACAGCACGAUAUUGCAAACGGUCCAGAUCAGCAGGCGUAUUUCAAAAUGGCGGCUCUUGAUCGUGAGCUUCACACUUGGAUCUCUCGACUACCACUCGACCUGCGGUACACGGAACGCAACAAAGAAAGCGCUCCACUGUCUUUCUUCCUCUUACAUCAGCAAUACCAUGCUGUUCUGAUCCUAUUGCAUCGCCCAUUUGCAAGAUACGGUGAUUCAAGCACUGAAAGCGACGAGGUCAGUGCCCUGGACAGCCACUUUUCUCAAGCCAGUCGCGCCAUAUGUACGAAGUCUGCUGUAUCUAUGGCUCGGAUCUUCUGGCAGCAUCGACAAAAGUUCGACGGCAAGCAAAUGUUCUGUAUUGGAAUGCAGCAUGCAGGCGCGGCAGCAACGGCGCUCAUCGCAGCUCUUGCGCAUAUUACAGAUGCUACGGAUCGAAAUAACAAUAUGCAGUAUCUCGAGGUCCUACACGCAGCGCUACAAGAUAUGGCACACGCAUAUGAGCCGGCAGAGAGGAUGGCCGCCGUCCUAAACGCCUGUAUGAUUGAACUUCGAGGGGGUCCAAUUAGUCCGGGUAACAAUACCACCAUUCCAGCGCGACGAGGAAACGGCGUCCAUGAUCCUGAGAGAACCACUACCAAACGGCGACAGACCGAUCGAGCAUCGACUCAUUCUAGACAAAUGCAACCUCCAGCUCCGACUUCUUCUCGACAACAUCGUGCAAGUGAUGCAAGUGUCCAAUCACAGCAGCUGCAAUCGAGUGCUGGGGACUAUGUCAUGGUAACACCUCGCACAGAACAAUGGCCUCACGCUUCGCAGCACAUGCUCCCGACUCCCGACACCGCGGGCAUGAGCUCUCCUGAACGGAGACAAGAAUGGAUUAGUCAGUUAGGACAUGGCUUCCCACAAGUAUCACCCAUGACUGGCGUACCUGGCAUACCAGAUGGAGAUGUGAGCUCACUAGAGUUCUUGUCGUUGCCUUCGGAGGAUGACUGGGCGCGGUGGCAUUCCCUCCCUGGAGCUGAGGCUGGAACUGAUCUGGAUGGCUUUCCACCCAGAGAGAGGCUCCAGCCAAACAAUUUUGCCACACCUCCUAUGGGCGGGAUUAUGAAUGGAUGA